AUGUCUUAUCCAGGAAGGCCUCCUAUUGUGCCAGGAAUUCCAAUUCCUCCUGCUAUAGGCAUUCCUAGAUAUAUGCCUCCAAUAAUGCCUCCAGUUAUGACCAUGCCCCCUCAAAUUAUUUCAUCUACAGGAUCAAUUGCCAUGCCUCCUCAAAUGAGACCUUUUAGACCAGGUACAGCUACUACAACAGCUGUAACAACAGGGCAUACUACUUCUGCACCUAGAUUCAGCUAUCAGCCUAUAAAAAGAACAGUUCCAGAGGCAGGACCUCCUAUCACAGUUUUUGUUGGUAAUAUAGUUGAACAUGCACCUGAUAUGAUGAUUAGACAAAUACUUAGUACUUGUGGUCAUGUUAUAUCAUGGAAAAGAAUCCAAGGUUUCGGCUUUUGUGAAUUUGGAAGCCCUGAAUCAGCAUUACGAGCAGUUAGACUACUACAUGAUUUAAAUGUAGGGGGUAAAAAAUUAGUAGUUAAAGUAGAUGCCAAAACUAAAGUGCAAUUAGAUGACUAUAAAAAAGAAGAAAGAAAAAAACAAAAAAAACCAGAGCUCAUGUUGAAAGAAGGAGAAGAAAUUGAAGACUAUUUAGAUGAUAAUAUGAAAAGAAUGGAUUUAGGUGCCAGGGAAAAAAUAAUAACCAUUAUUGAUGAUUUUAAAGAAGAAAUGAAUAAUGCUCUAAUAGAAAAAAACGAGGAAGCAAAAUUAAAAAAAGAAAUUCAGCAAAAUCUACCUGAUAAAAAUAAGGCUCAGAGAACUCAAGAAAUAUUACAAAAAUUAAGUCAGGAACACACUGAAAACAUGACAUUAAAGGACGCCGAUAUAGAAGAUGGCAAACGAGACAUAAUCACGAGAGAAAUAGGAAAAUUUCGAGAAAUAAUGAAGAAACAAGAGGCUGAAAGAGAAGAAGAAAGACAAAGGCGAGAGAUGUUGGAAAAAGAAAGGGAUAGACUGAAGCAGGAAAGAGGACGAUCAAGAUCCACGCCUAAAUCUUUAUCCCACUCGAGGUCGAGAACAAAAAGUCCGACGCCGGGAGUAAAACAUAGGAACAAUUUGAAAAGGAGAAGGUCGAGAACGAGGUCGAGAGAAAGAGAGCGUGAAAGAGAGCGAAACGAAAGAGAAAGAGAACGGGAAAAAGAGAGAAAUUCAAAAAGAGACUUAGAUAGAGCAACGGCCCGAGAACGGGAAGAAGAAGAAGAAUUGAAAGAGAGGAAAAAACAAGAAAAAAAAGCCAAAGAAAAAGAAGCUGCCUACCAAGAAAGACUUAGAGCCUGGGAAUCUAGAGAACGGCGGAAAAAUAAAGAAUUCGAUAAGGAAAAAGAUCGAGAAAGGUACAGGGAAGAAGAAACGGAGAGAGAAGCGAAAAAAUUAAAAGAAUUUCUAGAAGAUUACGAUGAUGAAAGGGACGAUGCUAAAUAUUAUAAGGGUAGGGAAUUAACUAGAAGAAUAGCGGAACGAGAAAGAGAAAAAGAAUUGGAUAAUAAAGAUAGGCAAAAGGAAAAAGAAGAAAUAGAAGAAAUUAAAAAUAAAAUUAUGGAAGAGGAUCACGAAGAUCCGAAAGCCGCUUACGAAAAGUUAUUGAAGGAGAGAGAAGAAAUGUACAAACCUAAGAUUUUGAUCGACGUAAACGCCGAGCAAAUCGUUAGGCAGAAGGAACGAGAAAAAGAAAAGGAAGAACGCGAAAGGCACAGGAUUCGGGAACUCGAAAAAGAAAGAGAGAGAGAAGAAAUUAGGCAGUUGGAAGAGGAACGCAGACUAGUCGAAAACGAGACGACGUCACCGGAAAAGCCUAAAGAAGAGGAAGAAAAAAGCGAAGAGGGUUCGGAUCAUUUGAACGACAACAUUGAAAACACGGAAGACAGACGGAAAAGUAAAAGUCCCGGAUCGGGAAAGAGAAAAAAACUCGACGUCAAAGAAGUUUUUAAUAAUGAUGACGACGAAAAUAGUAAUUUAGGAUCAGGGAAGAAAAGGAAAUUGGUACCUUUAGACUAUAACGAAGACAAAGAAAAAGACAAAGAGCGGGAGCAUAAGAAAAAAGACAAAAAAGACGACAAGAAAGAAGAGGUUUCCAAAUCGCAAGAAGAAAAAAGGAAACACAUAAAAUCCCUCAUAGAUAAAAUUCCAACAGACAAAAACGCUUUAUUCGCAUUUAAUAUAGACUGGGGAGCUGUAGAUAAUCAAUUAAUGGAAAGGAGAAUAAGACCGUGGAUCAAUAAGAAAAUAAUUGAAUAUAUCGGAGAACCCGAACCGACAUUAGUGGAUUUCAUUUGUUCCAAAGUAUUAGCAGGGAGUCAACCUCAGGGAAUAUUAGACGAUGUUCAAAUGGUUUUAGACGAAGAAGCGGAAGUUUUCGUCGUUAAAAUGUGGAGACUUUUAAUUUAUGAAAUAGAAGCUAAAAAAUUGGGUUUAGUGAAAUAA